GGACUAUGUCAGCGGAGCCUGGCAGGGACCAGGUGUCCAGGCCAAGAUGCUGCUUCGUGGUCUCUGGCUCUUCCUCGCUGCACAGCUGGCGGCUCUCCAUGGCAGCUCUGUACUCCAUCAGAGUCCUACGUACAAGCAGGUUCAGACCAACCGAAUGGUGAAUCUGUCCUGUGAAGCCAAAUCUUCCUUAUCUAACCCACGCAUCUUCUGGCUGAGACAGCGCCAGGACCCAGUCAUUCACUACGAGUUCUUGGGCGUCUUGGAUUCCUCCAAAAGGCUUGUGUAUGGCGAGGGUGUGGAGCAGGAGAAGCUAACUGUGUCCCAGGAGGGGACCCGAUCCGAUCUCAGUCUCAUCAAUGUGAAGCCUUCGGACAGUGGAAUGUACUUCUGCAUGACCAUAGGGAACCCCGAGCUGACCUUUGGGAAAGGAACUCAGCUGAGUGUCGUUGAUGUCCUUCCCACCACUGCCCAGCCCACAAAAAAGACCACCCCCAAGAGAACAACGUGCCGGAACAUGAGCCGGGUGACCCGGAAAGGCCUGCCCUGUGUCCCCCUUAUCCUCGGUCUGCUACUGGCCGGUGUCCUGAUUCUGCUGGUGUCCUUGGGUGUGGCCAUCCACCUAUUCUGCCGUCAGAGGAGAGCCCGGCUUCGCUUCAUGAAACAGUUUUAUAAAUGAGCAGAGAAUAUGCUUUUGGUGUCCUGCUAUCAAAAUACGUUGGUCAGUAAUGAGUGAGAUCCGGAAACAUGAGAGAGAAAGGACACUCUGAAUGGAAAUUUCACUGACCUGCUGAAGCUGCCUGCUUUUAACUACUGCACAUUCUUUCUGUGGGCCUUGUGCAUGGGAGCAACUUGUUAGUUGGUCAUCGGAAGUCUUAGAGAGAAGGCUUCAGAGCCCCAGGUCACUUCCUGCAACUCAAGGGCCCACUGGAGGAUUGAGUAAGAAAUGCCGCCUAUGAUACCACUUCCGGCUCCUGCAUUCACCCUGGGCUGGGCCAGGGCCUUUGUGUUGGCUGUCCACCCAGGUUCUUGCAAGUUGCUUUGCCCUAAUAGGGCAGUGACAUUGAGUCCUGAAUCAUGGAAUAGUGCUGGAAUGGCUCUCCCUUGUUCUUCCCAGGCUGGGGUGACUGUCCCCACAGAGAGCAUGAGAGACAAGAACACAACGUGAAAAUGAAGCUUCCAGGAGGGGCUGACCUGGCUCUCACAGUCAUUUCAGUCUCUGAAGACCUUCUC